ACAUUUCAAAAUGCAAGCAUUCACAAUGGCCGUUUGCAGCGCCUGGGUUAUUUAAAUAAUAUCUUUUACAUGAUCCAUCUGUCACGGCAUCCUUAAGAUUGCGACGUACAUACGCGAUAGAUCCCCAACCUGGAUUUGCAUUAGAUACAGCUGGACCAUCUACUCUGCACACCUCAUAAAAACCAUCAAGUUCAAAAGUGUCUCUACGACAUCCCCAGGUUUCAACAAACAAUGCUGCAUGCAUGGGAGGAAUGAAUAAUAGGAUCUAUGAUGACGUCUGAAAAAUGUUUGCGCAAUGAUUGCACGUUAUGAAAUACAAUUUGAACUGCAUUAUCUUCAGGUGUUUGCAAAAUUUUUUUUUUUUUUCACGCGUUAAAGGCAAUUAGAUCUAAGUAUUUGAUAUGAAUUUCAACUUGAUAGCUCUACGCGUUCAUGAGGAAAAAAGUUUAUAUUUAUUAAAAAAUAUAUAUUUUGUAAUGUAACUAAAAAUUUAAGGUUUUCGGAAUUUUUCCUUUAUGUGUGCUAUAAAACGUUGCUUCAUGCCAAAUUUCAAGAUUCUAGGUCGACUGGAAGUACCCUUUAGGUUUUGAUUCCCUUGCGAGUACUUGCGAGUGUCAAAAUAUGCAGCUUAAAUUGCUGUUUCUUUUGAUUGCGUUGACAUAGAAGUUUGAUUUUGUUACAGCUUAAAGGUAUUAUAGACCUGAGUAUUUGGUAUGAAUUUCAAUUUAAUACCUCUACGCGUUUAUGAGGAAAUGGGUAGUAAGUUUAAAAUUAUUAAAAAAAAAUAUAUUAUGUGAUGUAACUAAAAAUUUAUGGUUUUCGUAAUUUUUCCUUUAUCUAUGCUAUAAGACGUUGCUUCAUACCAAAUUUCAAGAUUCUGAGUUCACGGGAAGCACCCUGUAGGUUUUGAUUCCCUUGCAAGUGUCGAAAAUUUGCGGCAUAAACGGCUGUAUCUUUUGAUUGCGUUGGCUUAGAAGUUUGAUUUUUUCACAGCUUCAAGGGACAGUAGACCUGAGUAAUUGAUAUAAAUUUCAGCUUCAUACCUCCACGCGUUCCUGAGAAAAAGGGUCUUGACAGACGGACGGACGGACGGACGGACAGACGGACAACAAAGUGAUCCUAUAAGGGUUCCGUUUUUUCCUUUUGAGGUACGGAACCCUAAAAACGGCGCAGGCUCGAGAGUAUUCUAAGCGGAUGUGGACAACUGUGUCUCAAACUUUAAACUCUUUGGGAGAAGGAGCUACAAAGGACUGGAAAAGUUGGUCUAAUUAUUGGGUAGACUACAAAGCGAAAUUAAAAAGAAGAGUAGCAAGCAUCCGUGCUGCUCAAAAUCGCACCGGCGGUGGCCCUUCUGAAGCCAUUCCCCUAAAUGAUUUAGAUAAGAAAUUCCUAAGUCUACUUGAAGAAGGCUUUGGAAGUGGGAUACCUAAUACCCAAGUAGACCCAUUUCCAAUUCAAACUCAGUCCGAACAUACUGCACCUGAGGCUGGAACAUCUAACUCAGAAGCUCCUCUAGAUCUUGAACACCCUCUCACCCAUGAGAGUGUUCAACUAGAGGGAGAGGAAGAGCCAGCACUGCAAGACUCUGUACUAGAGCAGCCGCAGGUGCAACAGGAAGUGGCCCCACAGCAGCAACAACAGCCUGAGGAAACACGUCCUCGACAAGUGCCAAGACUGCCAAGUCGACGGAGUAGGCGACAAGCUGCUUUGAGCCAACAAAUGGCCAGAGAAAUGUUGGUUAACAUUUCUCGGGACAGAAUGUUGGCCGAGCAGCAAAAUACAAUGUACCUUGGCCAAAUCGCAGAAGCACGGGGGAGAAAUUCCCAAAUAUUGCAAGAAAUGUUGACAAAAUUAAAUACAAUAGCAUCUGUUAUUGACAAGAGCACGGGAUCGAGAGGACCACAGACGGGAGACGAGGGCUCUCCUGAUACUUAGCCCUUCAUUGAGCUCCCUGUUAUUGCUGGAGGUGGCAGAACGUGGUGGUUGUUGGUGAGUGUCAUUGUCAGCUUGCCGAGAUAUCUCUAAUAAAGCCUCUUCAUUGGUUAGUACUUGUACAGGGAUAUUCCUACUAUUGCAAAUAUUGUGUAAUAUUACACAAGCAUUUACAAUAAACGCUGCCACAGGGGGAGAAUAAUGUAAUACUCUAUGUACAAGUAAACACCUGAAUCUGGCCUUUAGGAGACCAAUGGUCCUCUCAACCACAUUUCUAGUCCGGACAUGCAGAUAGGUGUAAUGAAUAUCUGGAGUGUCCGGACUAGUAUUAGUAAUUGGUGUCAUCAAGUACCUUCUCAGUGGGU